AUGGGACGCCGCAGACAGAAGGAAAGGGCGCAGCAGCAGAGCCGCCGGACUCAGCAGGUUUCAAGCUACCCAUGUGUCGAGCAGAGCGAAGAGUCAUCCACACCAGCCGCUGGCUGUGAUGCAAGUGGCUCUGUUAAGGGUGACAGUGCAGCCCACUCUACCCGCAGCUCUGUGGCGGCUGGUGGGGACAGUAUGAACGACAGCAGCACCGGGUGGGGAGGACCUCCUCUGAUGAUUGCAGUGCUGGUGGCGGGGACGUUUGGGGACAUGCAGCCAUUUGUGGUGCUCAGCCAAGAGCUGCAGAAGGCGGGCCACCAGAUCAGGCUGGCAACGCACGUCAACUAUAAGACGUUUGUGGAAGAUCAGGGGGUAGAGUUCUUCCCACUUGGGGGUGAUCCGGAGUUCCUCAGCAAGUUGAUGGUGAAGAACCGCGGGUUCCUGCCUGCGGGCGUGAGCGAGCUGUCCCGGCAGCGCCAGGAGUUCCACAACAUCCUCUUCUCCACGUGGGAUGCGUGUACGCGCCCCACCCCUGCGUCCAACCGCCCCUUCCUCGCCAACUGCAUCAUUGCCAACCCCCCCGCCGCAGGCCAUGUCCACUGCGCGGAGAAGCUGGGCGUGCCGCUCCACAUGGUCUUCACCAUGCCCUGGAGCCGCACGUGGUCGUACCCCCACCCGCUGUCAUACACGCGCUACAGAAGCGGCGUGCGCACCCUGCGCAACCGCCUCUCCUACUUCGCCACAGAAACAUUCAUCUACUCGGGGACGUCUGACAUCGUCCAGAAGUUCCGUGUUGACCUGCUGGGCUUGGAGAAGGCGCCCACGUUGGGUGGUGCGGCCAUGACCCUGCACUCCCUGCGCGUGCCCUUCACGUACGCGUGGAGCCCCGCCCUGGCGCCCAAGCCGGCCGACUGGGGCCCCCACAUCGCCGUCACCGGCUUCCUCUUCCUGGAGGAGCGCCACGAGCAGCGCUACGACCCGCCCCCGGCCCUGGCAGCCUUCCUGGCGGAGGGCCCGCCGCCGGUGUACAUCGGGUUCGGCAGCAUGGUGGCCAAGGACCCGCAGAAGCUGACCAACACCAUCUUCAGCGCCGUCGCUGAGGCGGGCGUGCGCGCGGUGAUGAAUCGCGGGUGGGGCAAGUUCGGGUCGAGCGACCCCCCCAGAAGCAUCCACCUGAUCGAGCACACCCCGCACAGCUGGCUCUUCCCGCGCUGCUCCGCGCUGGUGCACCACGGGGGAGCCGGCACCACCGCCGCGGGCGCGCUGGCGGGGCGGCCCCAGCUGGUGGUGCCCUUCUUCGGCGACCAGGCCAUGUGGGGCGAGCUGAUCGAGCAGCACGGCUGUGGGCCGCACCCCAUCCCCGCCAACCAGCUCAGCGAGAAGAGCCUGGUGGCGGCGCUGCGCCACAUGCAGGCGGGCCCCGUGCAGGCCGCAGCGGCCCGCCUGGCUGCGCUGCUGGCGAACGAGAAGGGCGCACAGUAUGCCGCCGCCGCCUUCCACCGCCACUUGCCCCGUCGCGCCAUGCUCUGCGACCUGGACGCCACCAGGCAAGUCCCGCCUGUGCCCUGCCCGGCUCUGGGCAUUGCGUCGCAGCGAUCGGCCACCCCCGGCGGUCCAUGUGAACCUGACUGGCAAUCGAGAUUACAUUGA